GCUAGAUGUUUUUCCCCUCAGUGGCUUUCGGACUGUACAGAUUCUGGAAGGACAAAAGAUCCUGGCUAACUGUUCUUCUCCCUACCAGGGAGUGGCGCUUCCUGGGCUAGAGACAAGCACCAGCCUGCAGUGGGGAGCUCGAGGCCCAGCUGCCUGGAGGAGCAGCCACGGCCUCAGAGGACUGGCCGCGAAGGUGCUUAGUGUUCCCUCACCUGGUGCCUGAGAGCUCCGUCCACUGAAGGGUAAGGAAUCAGGAAGAAGAGAAAGCAAGGACGGCAGCCGGCCAGAGAGUCCGAGGCCCACAUCCCUUCCAAGUCAGAAGGAAAGGUAGACUGGCUCUCUGAAGAAGAAUCAUCUUCCUUCCUCCUCCUUCCUUCCUGCUCAAGGCGUCUCUGAGGAAAGUGCCUCCACUAGAUGAACUGACUGUGGAUGCAGAGGCACCAUGUUCCGCAAGAAAAAGAAGAAACGCCCUGAGAUCUCAGCCCCACAGAACUUCCAGCACCGUGUCCACACCUCCUUUGACCCUAAAGAAGGCAAAUUCGUGGGCCUCCCCCCUCAAUGGCAGAACAUCCUGGACACACUCCGGCGUCCGAAGCCCGUGGUGGACCCUUCGCGCAUUACACGCGUGCAGCUCCAGCCCAUGAAGACCGUGGUGCGGGGCAGCUCGGUGCCCAUGGACGGCUACAUCUCGGGGCUGCUCAACGACAUCCAGAAGUUGUCAGUCAUCAGCUCCAACACCCUGCGUGGGCGCAGCCCCACCAGCCGGCGGCGGGCACAGUCCCUGGGGCUAUUAGGGGAGGAGCCCUGGGCUGCUGACCCGGACAUGUACCUGCAGAGCCCCCAGUCUGAGCGCACUGACCCCCAGGGCCUCUACCUCAGCUGCAAUGGGGGUGCGCCGGCCAGCCGCCAGCAGAUGCCGUGGCCAGAACCACAGAGCCCGCGGAUCCUGCCCAACGGGCUGGCCACCAAGGCACAGUCCCUGGGCCCCACCGAGUUCCAGGGUGCCACACAGCGCUGCCUGCAGCUGGGCACCUGCCUGCAGAGCUCCCCACCUGGCACCUCACCCCCUGCAGCCACUGGAAGGCGUGGGACCAAGGCUGCCAGGCACGGCCCCGAGGAGGCCCGGCCACAGUCCUGCCUGGUGGGCUCAGCUGCGGGCAGGCCGGUGGGGGAGGGCAGCCCCAGCCCGAAGACCCAGGAGAGCAGUCUGAAGCACAGGCUGUUCCGGAGCAUGUUCUUGUCAACUCCUGCCACAGCCCCUCUGAGCAGCAGCAAGCCAGGCCCUCCACCACAGAGCAAGCCCACCUCUUCAUUCCCACCGCCCCAGAAAGACUCCCCCACAAGCCUGGUGGCCAAGGCCCAGUCCCUACCCUCAGACCAGCCCAUGGGGACCUUCAGCCCUCUGACCGCCUCAGAUACCAGCAGCCCCCAGAAGUCGCUCCGCACAGCCCCAGCCACUGGCCCCCCUCCAGGCCGGUCCUCCCCUGCUGGCUCCCCCCGGACCCGGCACACCCAGAUCAGCACCAGCAACCUGUACCUGCCCCAGGACCCCACGGUAGCCAAGGGCGCCCCGGCUGGUGAGGACACAGGCAUCGUGACACACGAGCAGUUCAAGGCUGCACUCAGGAUGGUGGUGGACCAGGGUGACCCCCGGCUGCUGCUGGACAGCUACGUGAAGAUUGGCGAGGGCUCCACGGGCAUUGUCUGCCUGGCCCGGGAGAAGCACUCGGGCCGCCAGGUGGCCGUCAAGAUGAUGGACCUCAGGAAGCAGCAGCGCAGGGAGCUGCUCUUUAAUGAGGUGGUGAUCAUGCGGGACUACCAGCACCUCAACGUGGUGGAGAUGUACAAGAGCUACCUGGUGGGCGAGGAGCUGUGGGUGCUUAUGGAGUUCCUGCAGGGCGGGGCCCUCACGGACAUCAUCUCCCAAGUCAGGCUGAACGAGGAGCAGAUUGCCACUGUGUGUGAGGCCGUGCUGCAGGCCCUGGCUUACCUGCAUGCCCAGGGUGUCAUACACCGGGACAUCAAGAGUGACUCCAUUCUGCUGACCCUUGAUGGCAGGGUAAAACUGUCAGACUUCGGAUUCUGUGCUCAGAUCAGCAAAGAUGUCCCUAAGAGGAAGUCCCUGGUGGGAACUCCCUACUGGAUGGCUCCUGAAGUGAUCUCCAGGUCUCCGUAUGCCACCGAGGUGGAUAUCUGGUCUCUGGGCAUCAUGGUGAUUGAGAUGGUGGAUGGGGAGCCACCCUACUUCAGCGAUUCUCCAGUGCAAGCCAUGAAGAGGCUCCGGGACAGCUCCCCACCCAAGCUGAAAAAUUCUCAUAAGGUUUCCCCAGUGCUGCGAGACUUCCUGGAACGGAUGCUGGUGCGGGACCCUCAGGAGAGAGCCACGGCCCAGGAGCUCCUGGACCAUCCCUUUCUGCUGCAGACUGGGCUCCCCGAGUGCCUGGUACCCCUGAUCCAGCUCUACCGCAAGCAGACCUCCACCUGCUGAGCCCACCCCCAGAGUGCACCCGCCACCUGUGCCCACAGGCAGGGGACACUGGGCAACCGGCUUGCUGGCAGGGCCUGCUUGCCUCAUUCUCUCAGUAUUCUCUCCAAAGAUUGAAUGUGAAACCCCACCCCCACCCUCCUGCCCCUCAGCCCACUGGGCCAGGCCGGACCUGCCCCUCAGUCUCGCUCCCCCUACAAGAGAGUCCCCAGUUGCCUUUCGGAUGAUGGAGACCCCUUUUUCAGAAUGACCCUUUGUUAUUUGCACAGGGAUAUUUCUAAGCAACACGGAGACCAGCACUUCUGGCCAUUGCAGCCAACACAGCAGAAAAGGCUGCUGCGAUUUUUUUUAAAGGCAAUUGUAUCCUAGCAUCCCGGGCCACCCGAGGGGACAGAGUGCCUGUCUUCACCAGGAUACUUGCUGUUCUCAGCUCCAAUUCCAAACUCCGGUGUCUCAAGAGGGUCACAGGGAAGGUUUUUUAUUACCUGAAUCCAUCUUCUUCCCUUGUGUCUGACUUCCUUAAGGCACAGCCCCACCUGCACCUGCUUCCGGACCCACCUACACUGAUAACACACAACACUCAUGCACGGCCUGCUCCGAACUGUGAACAGCCUAUUGGUAGGCCAUGGGAGGGGAAGGAACAUUUUCUGGGUGAAAGAGAAAUAAUAGGGUUGGUCGCAAAGGUGGUGUCGCUUUACCGGGUGCGAGUGCUCAUGUGUGCCUGGGUGGGUGUGUGUAAGUGGAGGAAGGUCACCCCAACAGCCUGGCCCCUUCAGUAAGGCUUCCUCAUUGUCUUCCCCACUAAGUUCUGCUCUGAAGGAACCUGCUUUCUUGGUCUGGCUUCCCACCCCUUAAGUCCUUUUUGUCUCUACCUGACCAGUGCAGAGGUCUGUAUUGAAACUAACGCAUCCUGUGGGCUGCGCAGGUUUCCAAAUUUCUCCUGCCGUGUGGAGUCUGAGGGCCCAAGUAUGCAAGGACGAGGAAACAAACUUUGUUUUACCUGUAAGCUUCAUUUCAAUAACCAGGACAUCAGGGACCCUUUCUUCAAAAUCCUGGUCUGGGGCAGAGGUGAACCAGCUCCCGGGAUUCUGUCCUAUCAAGAGAAUGGGCACCCCAUUUGUGCAAACCAUCUGCCCCUCACGGCCUCCUCAGGCGCCUGUCUCCUUGUCCUCCUUCCCCUCUACUUUCAGGGCUGUUGUGAGACAGGGAAGCCCAGGGAAGAACUCCAGGAGUCUGGACCCUAUCUAGAUCAUAUUUUUAGAUUCCUUUGCUCCCUAGUGGCCUGCUUUGGGGCAAAAAAGAACACACACACACAAGGACUUUUUUUU